AUGCAUAGUAAAGCUUAUUCUGCUCAUUCCAACAUGCUUAUUCUGCUUCCUUCAUUUAUUACGAUAAUGCUUAUUAAUAAAGGCGAGCUUUCGUACUUCAAAAUAUCCGGCACAAUUAAAAUUCAAUCACUUGGCAAAUUCAAUUUUGUUUUUCCAGACAUUCAAGAUCAUUCCACUUUUGAAAUAAACCAUAUUUCCGGAAAUGCUACUGGCUAUUUAAAGAACUUUUGUCAAUUUUCUAUUUGCAACUUACCUCUCUUUUUCCAAGGCGAACAAAACAUUUCAAUUAAAAACAAAGGCAUUACGGUCCAUUAUUUUCCUUUAACAAACAAAAUUUGCGAAAUUGAUUGUACUCCUCAAAAUACGUUAUUACAUUGUGCUAUCAAGAAUCUGAAGUUUAUAAAUAAAAACAACGGUGUUGUUAGAACUCCAUAUAGAAUUGAUUUCAACGACCCGUUGGUUCAUCACGAAACAAGAUAUCAUGAUGUUUCAUUAUUUCAUCUCCAAGCAGAAGUUGGAGAACCAUUUACAAAUAUUAAGCCUGGCUUGUUUUACGCAUCUCAUUCGUAUUGUUGCAAUAAUAUACCUUGGCACUAUUUAAUUGAAGGGUUUCUUACUAAUUUUAGAACAUGGAAAGAUUUUAUCAAUGAUCGCAAAGUAAAAUUGCUUGAUUUAGAUCCAAGCAACAUGCAGUAUCACAUAAUUCAUCGAACAAUUUCAGAUAAUGAUAAAAUCCGCACUGAAUGGGGAGGAGUUUACGAAAAAGUACAUAUUGGAACACAUGAAUAUCAUUAUCAUAACAUGACUUGCCAUAAUGAAUAUUUUGACUUUAGACCUUUUAAUCACUCAGAUGCAAUGAAGAAAGCUAUAUGGAGUUAUUAUAAUAUUACACCUAUUAAAAGCAAAAAUCCUAAUAUUUUCAUAAUUCAACGCAAAAGAGAUCGUCAUAUAAGUAAUUUUGAUGCCAUAGUUGCAGCAAUUAAAGAAAACUUUCCAGAUGCAAAUAUAAUUUUCCCUUCGUUUGAAAAUUUACCAUUUGAAAAACAAGUUAGCAUGAUGACAAUAGCUGAUGUUGUUAUUGGACCUCAUGGUAGUUUCUUCUCAAAUAUGAUAUUCCAACGAGACAAUACAAGUAUUAUUGAGAUUAUGCCAUAUAUGCUUGAAAGAAGGCGAUGGUAUGCAUCAUUGGCUGGUGCAACAAAAAUUAACUAUUACAUGUAUUGGCCUAAAAAGGAUCCAUUUAAUGGCAGGUUUAAUAUUCCUUCAGAAUGCCUACAUUAUUGUGUUACCGCAAAUAGAGAAAAUUGCCAAGAAUUUUCUAAUAAAAUGGAAGUAAUGGCUGAUGUUGGAUCAAUAGUAAGACUCACUGCAAAAGCCAUUAAAGCUGCAGGUUUCUCUCUUCCAAAGUCUAUUAAAGAUUAUCCUGGACCAGGCAGCAUAAAAGGGCCAGGAGAUGACUUAACUCCAGAAAAUAACUAUUAUUUAGAUCUAUAG